AUAAACACCUUCUCCCAUCGCCGCCGAACACGACGGCCACCGCACGCCACAAAAUGCAAAUGCAUCCCGAACAAUUCCGCAUCCUGGAAAUAUCCCCAAACCCUCGCCCGCCGCCGACCGACGACCUCCAGAUCUCCGCUCAUGGAUGACGACGGUGCCGCCUCCCCGUCGCCCUCGCCGUCACCGUCGCGCUCCCCUUCCCCGCUUCCGGUCGCCGACCCCGUCACCGUCGCCGCCGUGCCCCCCGGCCACCUCGCCCUCGCCAUCCCUAUUCAUAAGCAUGGUCCCUCCAGCAGCGGCGGCGGCGGGGGCGGGGGCAGGGAGGACGCCUGGAGCGACGGCGCCACCUCCACGCUGAUCGACGCCUGGGGUGAGCGCUUUGUCGCGCUCGGCCGCGGCAGCCUACGCCACCCGCAGUGGCAGGAGGUUGCCGAGGUCGUCUCCUCCCGCGAUGGCUACUCCAAGCCGCCCAAGUCCGACGUCCAGUGCAAGAACCGUAUCGACACCCUCAAGAAGAAGUACAAAGUCGAGAAGGCCAAGUCGGACUCCUCAUGGCCAUUCUUCGACCGCCUUGACUUCCUCCUCGCCCCAGUCCAGAAGCUCCUGGGCAAUUCUGGCGGGGCAGCAGGAAAUUCUGGCUCCUCCAAUCCCAGCAACCGGAGCACCGCACCUAUGGCCCCGCGUGUCAACUUCCCUCAGCGCACCCGCACGGCCUUUCCCUCGAUAGGUAUGAAGCGGAGGCUGCCAUCGCCGCCCCAGGCGUCAGCAUCGUCGGAGUCGUCCGACGGGUUCCCACCUGAACCACUGGCUGAGGCCGUGAACGGCAAGAGGCAACGCCUCGAGGAGUCGGCGAAUGGAGCGGACAGCAGCGACCGUGCACAGGGCCUGCGCGACCUGGCACAGGCGAUUCGACGGCUUGGGGAGACAUACGAGCGCGUGGAGUCCUCAAAAGGGGAGCAUGAGCUCCGGAUGGAGCGGAACCGCCUGGAUGCCGCACGCGAGCUGGAGGACCAGCGUGUGCAGUUCUUCCUCAAGAUGGAGAUGGAGAUCUCAAAGGCCAACAAUGGUGCUCCACUCGCUGUCCCACUUGCUGCCGCUGCCAUGGUCGGUAAUUCAGCCUCUACAGCAGAAGAUGGUGACUCGCCAGCUACUGCUGAUGGCAACGGUCCAAGGAGAGCCUCUAUGGCAACCGAUGUCAGGGCCAGCAGCAAUCACCAUGUCCGGUACCGUGUCAAGGACGACAGGCAUCACCAUGCCUCACGGCGCCCAUCUUACCAGUACAACCAGAACAAUGUUGGUGCUGCGGAUGCCGGAGGCAUUGGUAGUGGCAGCGAUUCCGGUAACAAGGAAGACGAGGAAGAGAUGGAAGGCGAAGAGGAAGAGAGCCAGUAAGGUCACUCCGGGGAUAGCAGUUCAAGAAUUUGUAUCUGUUUUUUAGGUAAGAAUUUGUAUCUGUUGAUUGGAUUGCCCUGGUUAAAAUUGCUCCCAGUUAUGCUGGUCUAUCUCGGAGCAAAUGGCUACUGAGCUUGUAGUGGUAUUAGCAACCAGGAGUAGCAGAGUUAUGGUGAACACCUGUGGGUGGGAUGUUUGUAGUAACUUGUAGCUGCCUGUUUGUGCUUUUGAUGUGAUUCUGUGAUAUUAAGGUUGUCCCUCCCAGGCCCAGCGAAUGUAGCAUGAUUAGUUAUAUGGUGGUGUUAAGGUUUGCUCCUUUUGGAAUCA